AUGGGUAAAAAGAGUAAAUUCACUCUUCACCUUGUGAAACAAGCCGACAAUGGGUCAUAUCGUAUAAAAUCACUGGAAGAAGAUUCUAGUCAGGUUCCUCCUUGUCCUGCACCAAAGGAAAGAGUAGACCUACAAAAUGAAGAUAAUGUGAAAAAAGAAGCCAAUACAGAGGUGAAUUCCACUUCUGAGUUUGAAAGUCUUUUCAAACACAGCAGCAAGGAUGAUAUGUUCAGUGGCAGUAGUGAUGUUUAUGAUCCCGAUAAAAACAAAAAUGACCAUAGCAGUAACAACAGCACGGAAAAUAACAAUGAUGAAGUUGAUGUGAGAGUAACAAGUACAAAGCAGUACCAUAAAAGGAAAAGCAAUCAACCACUUCAAAGCUUGCAGAAAGAAAAAUGUAUGAGGGGACAGGAUUAUUUAGGCAAAAAGAUGAGUUUGCAAAAAGAGUCCAACAAUGAGCAGAAGUAG